AUGGCUGAAGAUCAAGCACUAGAACCCAACUUUGACGAAAGGGACGGUUUCCCACCAGCCGGAAACAAAAUGGCGACGCGGGGGAGAUACGUCCAACAUGUAUCUCCUGGGCUCCUGCAAAGAAUUUAUCGUCCCGGCAUCGUCCUAGCCAUCACCGAACACAUUCCACCAGAACCAUUCAGGCCAGAUUUCUAUGACCUGUCCUGGUACCGAAAGGCAGCACCAGAAGCAGAGGUCAUGGCGUCAGGUCAGCUGGGAUGGUGCUUGAAGUAUCCACAGGUUGAAACACAGCCGAAAGAGGGUGCACAACAACAUUCGCUCAAGAUUUUGCAGCUCAUCUCUGGGGGCUAUAACAGGCGCUCCCAGGUCUUCAAGUGCCAGUUGGACGGCGAUGAAGAGAAAGUCUACAUGGCCAAGGCAUACGACCCGGCUUUCAGUGCUGAGUACCCGCUCGAUGUGACAUGGGCCGCCGACGCCUCGUACAGUACUGAGGCAGCCGCGUACGAAGACAUCAAGCGAUUCGGAUACGAUGGCACGUUCAGCCCAAAAUACUAUGGUUCAUGGACCUUCAACCUGCCUUUCCUCAAGCUGCCUUGGCUCAAGGGUCGCGACCAGAGUGCCAACACACGGCCAGUCAGGAUGAUUUUGAUGGAGUAUAUUGAGGGACUCGACUUUGAGGAAAUUUUCAGGGUGAAGGUGGAGUUACUUCUUUCGCCUCAAGAGCGACUCUACGUUCUGAACGAUGUUCUCAAGGCCACGGCCUUUCUCCAGUUUGCCGGUGUCUCCCAUCGCGAUCCAUUCCCGAGAAAUGUGAUACUGCGCGGAUCCUCUUCAGCUGCGACAGACGCAACGAGUGACCGCACUGCUGGCAAGGUGGUGAUCAUCGACUUUGAGCACGCAGUCGCUACACGGAGGCCAAAUUGUCUCUAUGCUGCCCCAAGAGAAGACAAGCCGAUCAACCCAAUCUACCGUCACUGGCGCCAUUCUCCAACAGAAUGGUUCUGUUUGGUACCGGAGCCCUUCUUCAGCAAUUAUGCCGAAUGGCAGAAAUGGAUGAAAGAUUCCUGGCUCAACAAUCGUUCUUUUUCCAAGCCUCUUGGUAUGGAGAUAGCACCCUGGGAUAGGGAUAUAAGCAACUGGUUCCCGCAGUUUGCAUGA